AAACGCAGCACAUGUUAAGGUUUGUCACUGUGCCAACCUUCCUGUUUAAUGCACGUACUCUCAUCUUCUCCUCUUUCUUACAGAAUUUACCUCCUAACAGGUACAUUUCAUGUCAUCACAACAGCAGCAGCAGCAUCCUCGGCUCCCCGCGGAGGACAGCGGGUGUUUGUAGGACGCAGGGCACGCGGAGGGAGGGGUCCUGGCCUGGGCACGGAUCCCGAAGAGGCCCCGGGGCCGCCGCUGGAUGGAGUCGGGCUGCAUUCAGACAGCAAUGGCUAUGGGUCUGACAUCCAAAAAGGCGUCUGCUCGGAGCGUCGGAGUGGAGCGCAAAAACCUCAUCACGGUCUGCAGAUUCUCUGUAAAGACUCUCCUCGAAAAGUACACAACAGAGCCCAUAGAUGACUCAUCCGAGGAGUUCAUUAACUUUGCUGCCAUUUUAGAGCACAUCCUAAGCCACCGCUUCAAAGGUUCAGGGAGUUGGUUCAGCUCAGAUGGACAGCGCAGUUUUUGGGAAUACAUCCGGCUGGCAUGCAGCAAAGUGCAGAACAACUGCAUUGCAAGCAUCGAAAACAUAGAGAACAUCAGCACAUCAGGAGCCAAGGGGCGGGCAUGGAUUCGAGUAGCCCUGAUGGAGAAACGUCUCUCCGAAUAUGUGUCCACUGCUCUGAGGGACACAAGAACAACCAGGAGGUUCUAUGACGAUGGAGCCAUCAUGCUGAGAGAGGAGGCCACUGUGCUGACUGGCAUGCUGAUUGGCCUGAGUGCCAUCGACUUCAGCUUUUGCCUGAAGGGGGAGACUCUGGAUGGGAAAUCCCCGGCUGUGGUUGACUACACACCCUACCUGAAGUUCACUCAGAGCUAUGACUACCUGAGCGAUGAGGACGACCGCCACAGUGUGGACAGCAGCAACAGCGAGGAGAGCGUCCCAGAGCAUCCCUACAUCCCCCUGGUGACCGACGAGGAGAGCUGGAGCAACAAGUGUCGCAAGAUGGAGCAGAGGUUUAAGAUCGUCUACGCCCAGAAGGGUUAUCUGGAGGAGCUUGUGCGCCUGCGAGAGUCUCAGCUGAAGAACGUUGAGACGGAGAAUAAGUGUCUGAGAUCCAAGGUGGAGGAGCUGACGGUCCAGAGCCUGCAGGAGAAGAAGGACCUGGAAUCCAUUGUGCUGGAGCUGCAAGCACAACUCUCUGCCCUCAUGCCCUGUGAUUCCUCACAUCUGGCUAAAGAUUUCUCCAUCCCGUCGGUCAACGAAUGGACCACCAUCACAAACAACCAGGGUGACGUCAAGCUUUUCCGCAGGAGGAGUUUUCACAGUUUGGAGCAGCUCGGGGAAGUCACUCUGAACUCUGACUGCCAGAGGAUUGAUGGAAGACAGAACGGAGAUGCUGUUUGGACGGCACCAGGAAAAGAAGACACUCCAUCCAUGCUGGGUCUGUGUGGCUCUCUGGCUUCCUUACCGAGCUCCAAGUCCCUGGCCAGCCUCAAGUCCAGCGAGUGUUUGGUCAGCAUCAGCACCGAACCCAGUCCUGCACUCUCUCCCAGCUAGGAGCUCCAGACCAACAACAGCUACAGAGAUUGAACCCCCCAGCCUGUCUGCCUGGUGAUGCUGCGUUGACCAUGUCAUGACCUUGUUCCCACAAUCCACCUUGACCCUCAAUAAGCUCUGUUAGGAAGGAAGACCGAUCUCAUGAGAGGGGAGUCUGUGUUUCAUUUCUCUUCUCCUCGCCUUAUCUGCUCAAACUCUCCCAUAACCACUUUGUACUUUCAGUGAAUCACUCCAUCCAAAAUGCAACACCUAUCUUUUCCAAAGCAUCCUUUCUUUCCUUAAAUUAUAUUCCCACCCUGCUCCUUAUUUGAAUAUCAGUAUCCUUCCAGGAUGUGUGUUGAAGUGUUUUUAUUUUAUUUUACUGUCAGAAUGAAACCUGAACAUCUCUCCGCCUGUGAGAGAUGUGAUGAUGAUUUAAAGAGAUACAGAUAAUCCAUGUGAAGUAGAGAAAGGUGUCCAUAGACUGUAACAGACCUGUUUCUGGAGCCUGCUAUCCUUAAAGCUGCAUAUCACUCCUGCUCGAGUAAUCAAACGUGGUUUCAGUAUGUUUCAAUCUUUGCAGCCAUUUAUUGAUUAUAUCAAAUCUUCGGCUAUUACACAUGUUUAUUUUAUCAGAUUGAAUCCGGUAUGUUCUCUUUACUUGUUUAUUUGGUAUUUUUUGUUUAUUGUGUGUUGCAAUAAACUGCCUUUUUCCAUUA